AUGCCCAUGGUCUUCACAAACGACCACUCCACUCCCCUAUUCAGCUCACAAUGGACACCGACUACCGCCGAAGGCUACGCUGGAACCUGCAUAUUCCUGAUUGCACUCGCAGUCAUCAGCAGGGGGCUUUCGGUCUGGCGACACGCAAUGGAGAUCCGAUGGCAAGAACAACGCUACGCUCCAAUCGCAGACGACCAGGUUUCGGACCACGAAAAGCAAUGUGAUUAUGCCGCAGAGAAGAGCGAUGAGGUCGUUGUUCUCAUCACUCGCGAGCGAAAGGAAAGAGUUCAAACCUCCAGGAUAUCUCGCCACUCCAGUCGGUCGAUCCCUUGGAGGUUAGGCACAGAUCUCCCUCGGGCUUGCAUUUUCGUUCUUCAAGCUGGUGUUGGAUAUCUGCUUAUGCUGGCUGCGAUGACUCUGAAUGUUGGAUAUUUUCUCUCCAUUUUGGGAGGUCUUUUUCUGGGCGAGCUGGUUCUCGGAAGAUAUAUGGUAUCUGAUGAUGGACAUCAUUAA